GAGUUUUGGGAGAGGAAUGUUGUCCCAUUCUUGUCUGAUGCAGAAGUCUAGCUGCUCAGCAGUCCUGGCUCUUCUUUCUCAUUUACAUAUAUAUAUUUUUGGUUCAUAAUUAGCCAGAUGUUUUCAGCUGGUGAAAGGUCUGGACUGCAGGCAGGCCCAUCAGCACUCUGACUCUUUUACUAUGAAGCCAUGCUGUUGUAAUAGAGAGAUGAUACAGUUUAGCAUUGUCUUGCUGAAAUAUUUGAGGCUUUCCUUGAAAAAGAUGCGGUCUGGAUGGGAGCAUAUGUUGCUCCAAACCUGUAUGUACCUUUCAGCACUGAUGGUGCUUUUCCUGAUGUGCAUUAAUGCCAUUUUCACUGGCACUAAUGCACAUCCAGACUAUCAUUGCAGGAUUUUGAACUGACUCUUGACAACAACCCCAAAGCUCUUACUCCUUUUUUUUAGGCCAGAUGAUACAAUGAUAGAGUUUUAACCCAGGUUUGUGGAUUUCUCAACGUGCAGUGAUUUUCAUGACAGAAUCAUCACAGUUUGUAAUGCAGUGCUGCCUGAGGGCCUGGAGAGCAUGGGCAUCCAAUAUUGAUUUUCAGCCUUGUUCCUUGCACACAGAGAUUUCUCCAGAUUUUCUGAGUCUGUCGAUGAUAUUACGCUCUGCACAUGACGAGAUAUUCAAAGUCUUCACAGUUUUAUAUUAAGGAACAUUAUUUCUAAAUUCUUUCACAAACAUUUGGCUUAAACCUCUGCCCAUCUUUACUACAAAACUCUGCCUCUCAAAGACUCUUUUUAUGCCGAUUGACAUUAAUGACCUGUUGCUAAGUAACCUAAUUAGUUGCAGUGUGGCUCCAUAGUGCUUCACGCAGUUGUUAGGCAAGAAAAAGGUUGCUGACCUGGUUCCAGUCAGAGAUAUAAUUCCCUUUUGGCUUGUGUCAGGAAGGACAUCCAGUGUAAAACACUUUGUGAUAAGGGAGCGGCUCAAGAGUAGUUAGAUGCAGAAUAAUCCUCCAGCUGUUUCUUUUUAGCAACACAUUUUUUUCCACUCUUUUGUUGCCCUGUCCCAAUUAUUUUGAGAAAUAUUGAGGGCAUCAAAUUCAAGUAAGCUGAAAAUUGUGACACACUAGUAAAAUGUCAAAGUUUAUAUAUUUAUAUGUUUUCUGUGUUCUAUUAUGGAUAAAGUGUGGGUUAAUGAGAUGUGCAAAUCAUUACAUUCUGUUUCUAUUUACCUUUUACACGGCGUACCAACUUAAGCUAACAUAAGAGUGCUUUUGAUUGCAUCCACAUUUGUAUUUAAAUAGCCUACAACUAAAAUUUGUUUGGUCUGCGGUGUACAAGAAUUAUAAAGCCAAAGUCCAGCAAUCUUAUCGUUCAGUAUCUUUGUAGUAUAUAAUUUACUGUUGCUGGUCACAGUUUUUGUCGUAUGAAAGAGAAGGAAGGCAUACACUUUGCCCAGCAUUAGCUGACAUAAAGCUGGGAUAUUUAAUAUUCAAGCACUUUGCAUGUCUGUAAACUGACGAGUUUACACCGAGACUCAUGACAUGACACUCAUGACACAUGUUGUAUUAAUGAUGUUUGAAACAUGAGUAUUAACAGUUUCUUCCAAAUAAAGUCACUGCUGCUCAUUAAAUCUGGUUCAAAAUCACAUUAAUGCACUUUGCAUGCGCUCAUAACAUGUUGUUAUAUCCGCUUGUGAGUUUGGACUCUGUUAAUGCACGGCUAUACUCUGAUGCAGUCAUUCCUCUGUGAGAGUCUUAAUGUUUGCUUUUGUUGAGACUGGUUCUGGGAGUUUGAUGAACAACCUUUUGGUUACUGGUUGAAAAACAGAAAACAAAGUGGAAAAAAAUUCCACUGUUGAUUCAUAAUGAUGAUGUUCGGUUCUCAGUGUACAUUUAAUUAAGCUGUGCUUAGCUUAGAAUAAUCAAGUUUUCUCAAGAGAUUAGCCGGUAAAUAAUUAACACCAAGGGAGUGAGUGUGAAUGGCUGACUAAAAGAUUUUAAGUGCUGAAUCACUUGAAUGUUUUCUUUCUGGUGCAUUUGGUCACCUGUUACUGUAUUGCCCUUUAGCUAAGCUUAUCAUGAGACAAUAAAAACAAACAAAUAAUACCCAGGUCAGAUUGCUAAUCCAUUACAGAGUUAUGUGCUGUGGUUAGUAUGAACGGUGACUUGCAGGUGUUCGUGUGUUGAUGGGCGGCAUGCUGAACUGCUCUGUGACGCACGGAUAGCUGGAAAAUGCGUGCCUUCGUGCUCUCGCAGCUUCUACGGGUCAGAUUAAAUUGACCUUGAGACUGAUCAGCAACAUUUGUUCAUGUGCGAUGAAUGUGUUUGUUUGUCAGUGUGCGCAUAAAACACAAUGAGAACUGUGAGGAGUAGAGCUCUUCAAGCUCACAAACCAGCCUUUUGUUAUGAAGAGGAGAAGUACGUCGCCAUGCAGAGGAUGAUGCCAUGUCAGAGGUCUUCACUGUAGAAGCGAUUUUGUUUGGGCUCUUGGUGUUUUCUGGCAUUUUGGGAAACAUCCUGGUCAUCUAUGUGGUGUUUCAGUCAGUCACUAAGACUCCACCUCGUAGACUCCCUCCUUCGGACCUUAUUCUGGUGCACCUGUCCCUAGCUAACCUGCUGAGCUCACUUUUCCGUACAGUGCCUAUUUUUGUGUCAGACCUGGGCUUGGAUCUGUCUCUGUCCUCCGGCUGGUGCAGAGUCUUCAUGCUGCUGUGGGUGUGGUGGCGAGCCGUGGGAUGUUGGGUGACCCUGACGCUGAGUGUUUUUCAGUGCACCACACUGAGACGCCAAAAUGUGGCCUUUGGACCUAUUACUGUCCAGAGGGAGAGGCGGCGGCUCUGGGUUGUCCUGGGGGUGGUGUGGGGGGCGAACCUGGCUUUCUCUGUCCCUGCACUGGUAUACAGCACUCAUGUUAAAGGCAAUGCCACAGUGGAGCUGAUGGUGAUCAGCUCCACCACCAGGCCUCUGCUAGGCUGCGUCUGGGAGUUUCCAUCAGAAGAACAAGGCUUGGUCUUCACCUCUACUUCACUGGCAGUGAACGAAGUGUUGCCGCUGGUGCUGAUGGUUUGCACCAAUGUUGCCACACUGCACGCUUUGGCCAAGCACAUCCGAGCUGUUGCCUCAGGAGGGAUCCACACUGAACUCGACAAACACCUGUCCAGUGAACGUAAGGCAGCUCGAGUGAUCAUAUCUCUGGUGUUGCUGUUUGUUGUCUGCUGGGUGCUACAGGUUGCUGCAGUAACAUACUACAACCACAACAGGGGGCACCAUGUCGAAGGGCUGCUGACUGUUUCCCAUUUUUCUUCUUCACUGUUUGUGGGAUUCAGUCCCUUGGUGGUGGCCCUGGGACAUGGAAAACUGAGGAGAAAAAUCAUAAGUAUGAUGCUAGGGUGAGCUACAAUUCUUAAAUGUCACAGUAAAGGUGCCGAAAAGCAGACUAAAUCCCCAAAGGCUCCAGAAAAGACGAGAAAUAAACCAGUUUUUGUUGUUCAAAGAGAGAUGAAGGUCAUAAAAGUGCAAGAGAAGAUUAAAUAAAAUUCUGAACAAGAGCACUCAGAGAAGAGCAAGAACUAUACUAAAACUCUCAUGUUUUAUUAUGUUUUUAUGACAACACACUGAGGUGUGACCUUUGACUCAUGACCUUAAAGCAUUACAUACUAAAACUGUGUCUUUAUUUUAUUGUCUUUACUCAUAUGUUUGGAGCAGAGUCAGGGGAAAUCUUUGGCUCCUAUAAACGGUUAAAUUUGUGAUUUUCAGAUAUAUUCAUGCGGUGUGGGAUUUUGCAAAACUUUAUGACGUCAUUGUGAUGUUAAAUAAAUAAAAAGAAUGUUG